UCCCCAGAGAUCAUCACCACAAACGUGUGUAACUGAGACCUGCAGCCAUGCUGAAACAGAUAUUAUCAGACAUGUACGUAGAUCCUGACCUGCUGUCAGAACUCAGCGAGGAGCAGAAGCAGAUCCUCUUCUUCAAGAUGAGGCAGGAACAGAUCAGGCGGUGGGAGGAAAGAGAAGCUGCUGCUGACAAGGCUUCAGCAAAGAAGCCACUGCCAAGAAAAGCCAACGGGAAGUCAGUAACAUGGAAACUCGGCGCUGACAAUGAUGUCUGGGUCUGGGUGAUGGGUGAGCAUCCUUCAGAUAAACCGUAUGCAGCCAUCUGUGAAGAGAUCCAGGCACAAAGAGCAAAGCACUUAGCGAGAGAGCAAGGCAAGGAGUGCAGAGAGACUGACUCUUCUGUAACAUACUCUCUACAUCCACCACCAGGACUCCUUGGUGAGACAGAUCUUCAUGGGAAUAAAAAAUGCACUGUGGAGAAAAAGGAGGAAGGAGGGAGAAAGAUGAUUGAUACUACAACAGGGAAAAGCCAGGAGUGCACAAAGAGGGGAACCAGAGAUGUUCACCAGAUGCUGACAGACUGCCACAUGAGGAAGCAGGGCUUCCAAAAGACAAAGGAAGCACAGAGGAGAAAUUCAGAAGAGACCACAACCUCACAGGAGGCAAUGCCACAGAGCCACCCCAGCACAGAGGGCCAGAGGACACUGCAGAAAUCGGAUGAGAAUGAGCCUGAAUGGCAGGAAUUCUUGCAGAAAUCCAAGGCAGCAGAUGAGAAGAGACGCUCCCUUGCACGGCAAGCCAGGGACGACUACAGGAGGCUUUCACUGCAGGGCAUCCACAGAGGGAAGCAGGCAGAUAUCUCCAAGAGUGCCACAGCAGGAGAUCGGCGACCACUCCAAUAUCCACCUCUCCCCCCCAAGCCUAAAUUUCUACCUCCUGCAAUGGCAAAUGGAAGAACAAUUAGGAAACAGGGAAUCCAGAGGACAGUCUCCAGUUCCACUGAAGAAAGCAUCAUCAAGUGGUUCAAAGAGGAGCAAUUCCCUCUCCGAGCUGGAUAUCAGAAAACCACAGACACAAUUGCACCUUGGUUCCAUGGUAUCCUAACCUCUAGGAAAGCAGAGGAGCUUCUGAAUGAAACAGUGCCAGGGAGUUUUCUCGUCCGUGUCAGUGAGAAAAUCAAAGGUUAUGUGCUCUCCUAUCGGUCUGUGGAAGGAUGUAAACACUUCCUUAUUGAUGCCUCCAGUGAUUCCUACAGCUUUCUUGGAGUGGACCAGCUACAACAUUCAACAUUGGCUGACCUUGUAGACUACCACAAGGAUGAACCCAUCACUUCCCUGGGGAAGGAGCUGUUGCUUUACCCAUGUGGUCAAGAGGAUCAAGAGCCAGAUUACAUCUCUCUCUUUGAGUGAACCUACCAGUGUCACUGUGCAGCCUCAUGCUUGUAUUCACAAAGACUGAAUUUUGAACUAGAGCUGCUGAUGUUUGCUUGAAACCACAAGUGCCUCUAUUU